AUGACAAUUGAAGUGUCGGGUCCAACGCCUCCAACUGUUUGCGAUGUUUGUCACCAGAAUCUUAGGGGUCAGAUAAAGAGCGCCAACUAUCCCAACCAAUACAGCGAUUAUAUGCGCUGUUCGUAUCGCAUCCAAGCAAUGGGUUCUCAAUAUUGUUGGGUAAGGCUAUUCUUGAGAGAUAUCGACAUAGAGGCCAGUGGUUCGGGUGACUGUAGAAAAGAUGCUCUAAUUAUUGACAAUCAAAAGUUGUGCGGAAAAGAUGUUCAAACAAAAGAAAUGACGCUAACAUUCCCCGCUAGUGAGCCCCGGGAGGUUCACAUAGACUUUCAGAGUGAUGUUAGCGGUAGUGGUCGGGGAUUUCUCAUAGAGUAUUUGCAGGAAUCGUGCGAUACAUUGCCGUCAAAUCGAUCGCCAACUUUGGAACCGCCGCCCAAUAUUAUCAUCGGUGGUAGAGGUGGCCGACCACCAGUGCCGCCGCCGAAAUCAGGACAACAAACAAUAAUUACAAAACCAGAUAACAGAAUCGGUGCGACGGGAACAUUGGUUCCGCCCGUAUAUCCGCCCAAUUAUGUGUCUCGGGCUCACAUAGAAGAGAUCGUACAAACACAGGUCCAGGUAGUGGACAGAGGUUUACUUAAUACAAAUAAUCAACGAAAAACUGGAUGA